AUGGUCGACAAAGGGAAGGCGCUCAAGAGUACACCUGAACAAAGAAAAUUGUUAAGUACUGUAAGAGAAAAGUUCGUGGAAAUUGCUAAAGAAGUUAUAUUAUUGAAAAAGAUAAUUUUUGGAUCGCAAGAAGAAGAAAUAAUGAACGACGAAAUCAAAAUUCCGGUGUUUGAUAGAAAAGAUUACAGCACGUGGAAAAAGAGGAUUUUAACAUUUUUGAAAAUGAAAAAAUGUGAAGAAACGUGUAAACGUGUAAGGCAGCAAAAUGAAAAUGCAGAUGACUGGAACCAAAAGAACUUGAAAGCUAAAAGAACAGAAAAUCGUGCUACAAGUGUGGUAAGGAAGGACAUUUACAAUACCAAUGCAACAGCAAAAGAUCAAACCAACCAGCGCGAGGCGGCGCUCGUGGCGCAUGGCACCAGUACCAUGACAGGCAGUUUAACGACGCACAAGGGAGCGGAGGUUCGAUCCAUCAAGGGGGCGAGGCGGCCGUGGCACAGGUAUAAUCGAUCAGUAUUGGAUACGGCUAGAUGUUUAUUAGCUGAAGCGAAAUUACAAAAAAAGUAUUGGCCAGAAGUAAUCAAGGCAGCAGUCUAUUUGAAAAACAGAACAUUAGCAAAUACUGUAAAAAAUAAAACACCAUAUGAAAUUAUGAUGGGAGAAAAGCCUGACAUUAGAAAUCUUAGACUGUAUGGGAGCAAGAUCUUCGUAAGGGUUCCCAAAAAUAAAAAAUUAGACAAGUGGGAGAAAAAGGCUGAGUUAGGUAGACUGAUAGGCUAUGAGAAAGUGGGUUAUAGAGUCCUGAUCAAUAACAAAGUAGUCAUCUCUAGGCAUGUAGAUAUUGUAGAAGAAGAUGUAGAAACUGUAGGCUUAAAAGAUGAUAACGAUAACUGUGAGGAAAAGAAAGAGUAUAGAAAUGAUUCUGAAAAUGAAAAUUCAAAUGAACGAGAGAUAGUGAACGAAAACCUUGACAAGCAAAACGAGAUAAGACGGUCUCAACGAAAUAGAAAGCAACCAAAUUGGUAUACUGAUAGUAAUCAUGCAUAUUGUAUUUAUGUAAAUUAUAUGAGUGCAGAUAGUCCUCUAGAUUAUAAUGAAGCAAUAAAGGAUGAAAAUUCCAAAGAUUAG